AUGUCGUCCGUGCGGGAAUCGCUCUUCCUCUCUCGAAUCAACCAAGCAUUGGAUAGAGCCUGUCGGUAUUACAAGCUGGAUCCGGACAACCUCUGGUCUAGUUGGUGUAAGGAGGCGAAGAAAGGAUUCUUGAAGGGUUCUAACACGGUCGGCCUCCCCACGCCUGCUAUCUUGCGAUACGGUGGUGAUGUCAAUAACGUCAUGGUGGAUAGCCGCUGUCUUAUCGAUCACAUCAACAAUGUGAUCUCCAUCGGCCAUGUGAACAACUCCCAGCUCCUCCAAAACAAGAACAAACUCAAUGAUAUCCAUCAUGCACUCACGGUCCAGACCCCACGCACGAUGGACUUUCUAAUUAAGAAGGUAUCAUACAUUGAGAGCACGGUGCGGCGGCUCGAAGACGCCUUUGUUGGAUCACCCCACGCACCAACCAAACCACCACCCGUGUCCGCGCUGCCAGGUUCUCUGUCUCCAGAUUUCCCCGUGGGCUAUAAGCGCGACAAAGACCAUGCGGACUGGCAAAACGAAGAGUUCCAAAACCCAUUGAAGAAAUUGUUCUGCAAGGUCAAGCGUGCCGUCCGACUCGUCCUCCUUUUUUCCGAUUCCUACCCUCAGCCCAACCUCCCUAAGGCUGCCAUCAGGGGCCUCGCGGAAGCCGCGGAGAAGGAAUUACGCGUUGCCCUGGGAGCGAAGGAGAAUGACACGCUCAGCAUGCACACCAUCGAGACAAAGAAGUUGAAGAAUCAAGUAAAGACUUUGGAGGAGUCUCGGAAACUUCCACUGGACAUUCGGGAAGACGUGCAAAAUUGGUGGUGGAAUAAAAAAGCCUUACAAAACAUCAAUCCAGUGUCAUGGUAA